AUGCCUUCCUUCGCCCCCCUCCGCCCGACUCUGGGUCUCGCCCGUGCCGCUAACGCCACCGCGCGCAGCUUCAGCAAUUCCGCGUCGCGCUCCGUCGCCCGCAUGAUCAUCACCGGCCGCCUGGGCGCCGAGCCCGAGCUGACUGCCACCUCCUCCGGCCAAGAGAUCGUCCGCUACUCAAUUGGAACUUCGUACGGGCCCCGUGAUAACCGCCAGACGAGCUGGUUCCGCGUUGGUGCAUUCUUGCCUGAGGGCGGGCAGCGGGAUUACAUCUUGAGUCUGCCGAAGGGAACUCUAGUUUAUCUUGAGGGUGAUGCUAGCAUGCGCUCCUAUGAGAACGCUGAUGGUCAGAAGCAGACAAACUUGAACAUUGUGCAGCGCUCUCUUGAGGUCCUCAACCGUCCCCAGCACUCCGGUGGCGACCAGUGA